AACCGUCAAAGAAGAAGAAGAAGAAGAAGAAGAAGAAGAAGUUUGACAACCAAGAGAACUUGUUACUCGCUCCGCUCUCUCAACGCGGAAACAGACAGUAGCUGUGAUGCCCAACUGUAUCCACAGAUUUUAGAUUUCGAUCACCUCGACCGAGCAACAGAGAGACGGACAAUAACUUUCUAACGGUGGUGAUUCUACAACUGCAGGAUGCAGCCGGUUGAAGCACAAACAGGUGUUUCUCCCAAAAGCCAGCUGUUUGGUUCUCUGAAGGUGUAUCUGAACAACAAGAACAGAUUACAGCCCAUUAUUGGCCUGGGCAGUAUCAUAGAAUGUGUGAAGGCGGGUACACACAACAGAGAAGUAUUAUACCUAUGUGAGGUAUGUGUCUGUCGACUUAGUAAAGCUGACAUGCGAAACCAUAUUAUGGGAAGUCUCCACAGAUACAACUACAUUAAAGCCUGGUACCCCCACUUAUUGUCUGAAUGGAAGGAGAAGUCAGACCUGUCUAAGCUGGCCUGGCCAUUGAUGGACAUGGCCAAAAUACUUGAGGGAAAAGAGGGACCGGGGGAUAUCCAGUGGUUAGAUUUGGAAGACGCUGUCUACCAGACGAUCGCAACACUCCGUGAGAAUGACGCAGUAACCCUGAUAACUAUCUUCAGAGAGCUACAGGGUAAAGCUGAAAGCCAUUCAGAGACCCCAUCUGUGCAGCUGGAGCACCAUUCCACCCAAUCGCAGAGGGUUGUAUUGCUGUCCGAGGACCAACAAAGACAGUCCAAAAACUCCCUCGAGACCUCAGCAGUGCCAGAGACUAAACAAACUGUAGCUUUUGUAGCAGAACACACUGUGCUAUCCGAAAACAGUUGUCUUGAUGGCUACACAGGAUCCAAUCCUCUUAUUGGUCUUUUCCGCGUCGUUGAAUGUAGAAGUGAAGAUGGCCGCACAUACUGUUUCUUAUGUCACUGCUGCCGCAUCAGAGCCAACGAAAAGGACAUCAUUGAUCACCUAACCAGAUCUUCCCAUAUCGUGAACUACUUGAUGGAAACUCAUCCUGAGCAGGUGGAGGUAAUGAUGGCAGAUAUUAAUGACAACUAUAAGCUUCUCCAAUCACUGGCCAGGAAAGUGGAGCAAGAGGAGGGCAGAGGAGAGCUGAAGGUGGUAAACGCACCAGAAUCCCUCGGUAUCCAACUGACUGGCAAAAGUUACCACUGGUGUGUAAAGAUGCUUUGUAAUGGAUGGACAUGUACUAACACCCAAAAGCAGAAAAUAGCUGUCAAAGGGCCAAAUGUAAACAAGACCUCAGAUCGAGGCAUGCCGGAGAAAUGUGCCGGGCUGCUGUCACAAUGGCCAAAAAGGAUGACGGCAAAGAGGAAAAUGACCAAUCCUGUGUUCAAGGUAAGCCUGCCUCUUUCCAAAGGUGCAAUGCUGCUGGAGAGGAGCUCUUUCAGCGUGGACAGCAUCCCUCUGUCAUCUGCAUACUCUCCUUCAUCUGACUCCGAUCUUCCAGAGUCUCCAGAGUUACAGUCAGAGGACUGUGAGUUGGACUAUGACACUGGAUCAUUUGAAAAUACCCGAGCUGAACAAUCCUCACAACUUCAGCAAGAUGUCUACAGUGGAGAUGCAGAGGCCGAUCAAUACAUGGAAGCAGAAGGACACGGCACAGUCACUCCGUAUCUAGAGGUGGAUGAAUAUUUCAAUGACUAUGAAUACGUCAACCACUUGGAAGACAUAACUGGAACAAAAUACCAAAAGGUUUAUGGGGGAAAUUAUUACAACGGACAACACGGUUCUCAAGUAAGAUCUAGUAAGAGGUUGUACAAAGAGUAAAUGAGGGCCCACAGACAUAAAAUGAGUGGCAGCCGCUGGCCGUGUCCCACACUCAGGACUGGUCAUUUUUUGACUCAAAGUAUGGACGUGAGGCGGGUUUCACUGAGCAGUGGUACAAUCCCAGUAGUAAAGUUGGCACGGGAGUUUCAAGAAAAGAGAGACUGAACUAGAUGAGCUCAGAUGCUACUCAACAAAAAAGGCAAUAUCAGUACAUGGCACAAGAUCAUCCAAGUCUCCAGACGGGCAGUGUGGGACAGCAUUGUCUGUCUGGUUCAUUCAGAUGCUGCAAGGAUCAACAUGCAUUCUCACUGAGGAGUUCCCCCUCGCUCACAGUGGCAGCUUUACUCCAGAGUUUCUUGAGAUUGGACAGAGACAUUCAUGUCCAGACAGCUUCACAGAGGUGUAGGAUACAACCUACGGCCCAUCACGCCAUCCAAGUAGGCCAUGGGAUGAUGUCUAACUACAAGUGCAGUAAUGGAUCUUGGACAAAUACUCACCAGCAAUGUCCUCUUGCAGUCAGCGGUGGCGUUGGUCUUGAUUUGUCCCAGUCAAGUGCUUUCAUCCCACCUGGGCAAACUCUGUUUAUUACGAUCCUAAUUUCAGAGCCGCUGGUUUGAUUUUGAGAAGUUCAGAAAAUUUAAUUUAAACAAAAUCUGUUUGCAUAUCCACAUUUUAACUCCACAUAUUUUACUAUACCUCACUAAGACCAUAUUUCUACUGAAGGGGACUUUCUCCCUCAUUGAAUGUAAUCACACUCCGAUGUUUCGGACUGGGUUGUAUUAUCGCGCCGUGCCAUUUAAAAAAUAAAAUAAAAAAUAAAUAAAUAAAUGUUCUUCUAAAGUAAAUGUUCCGUUUUACUUUCAACAUUUAUUUAUGACAACAUUUAUUUUAUAUGAAACUGAUGGUGAUUUGUUUUAUUUUCUUUCAUCCAAAUCUACAAGCAGAUGUAAUUGUGAACCAUUACGCUGAACUAAGCCCAGAUUGUGAAAUAUUUUCUUGGAGGUGCUUGGACAUUUGUAGGUGUUAUAAGUAAAAGUGUAUCUGUUGCGUCAUCUUGUUGCCUAAAAACAAAAGCUAAUGUUUUUGGAUUCAGAAGUAAGUAUAUUUAUGAUGGCCUGUGUUUUUGUUAUCUGAGAAUUAUAAAAGUGACUCGAGUAUUAGGGAUAAUGAGAUAAUUUAAGGGAAAUGUAAUGGCAUUUAUGUCUAGGUUUAACAUACAUCCUAACUAAGUGAGGGUGAGAAAACAUGCUGGACUGGCAGUUUUUUAGUGUUUAUAAAUUGUAUUAGAUCAGACCAACAGAUAAAUUAUUACCUACAUUUUAUGCCAAUGUGACUGCAUUUGUUAUGUACAAGCUGUGUGAAUAACGCCAAAGAAGAAUUAUUUUUUUAAUUCAUUAAAUGUGAUACCUACCUGCUUUAGGUUUGUGCUUAAAUGUAUUUACUCAA